CUAUAUAUAUAAAGGGCACGACAGCAAUAUAAAACGAGUGAAAAAGUUCAGAGUGAAGGGAAAAAAAAAAAAAAGAAUAAAUCGAUCUGCUUGGAUGGUUCGAUCGCAUGGCUUCCUCUAAUCAUCCUCCUUCUCAUCGCACUCACGUUCCUCUCCCAUCUGACUCAGGUGGCAAUCCAUUUGACGAUGAAGCUCCUCCGGUUCCUAUCCAUAUAGUGACCAAUGCUUCUCAGCUGCCGGCGGAGUUCUUGAACCCUUCACCGGAGAAGCAGUUGGUUGUAGGUUUUGACUGUGAGGGCGUUGACCUUUGUCGCAAUGGCACUCUUUGUAUUAUGCAGCUUGCAUUUCAGGAUGCCAUUUAUUUAGUUGACGCCAUUGAGGGUGGAGAAGUGCUUAUAAAUGCCUGUAAGCCUGCACUUGAGUCUAGUUACAUCAAAAAAGUUAUUCACGAUUGCAAACGAGAUAGUGAGGCAUUGUACUUCCAAUUUGGCAUCAAGUUAAACAAUGUCAUGGACACACAGAUUGCUUAUUCUCUUUUAGAGGAACAAGAAGGACGGACGAGAUUGCCUGAUGACAACAUAUCAUUUGUCGGCCUCCUUGCAGAUCCACGCUAUUGCGGAAUAUCUUACCAGGAGAAGGAAGAAGUUCGUCUCCUCCUUAGGCAGGAUCCCAAGUUUUGGAAAUACAGACCAUUAUCUGAGCUCAUGGUCCGUGCAGCUGCAGAUGAUGUCCGCUUUCUUCUAUACAUCUACCACAUGAUGAUGAAGAAACUGAAUGAACGAUCCUUGUGGCACCUUGCAGUUCGUGGAGCUCUGUAUUGCCGAUGUUUCUGCAUCAACGAUAAUAACUAUGCUGAUUGGCCAUCUAUUCCUCCUAUUCCAGAUAACUUGAUGGUGGAGGGGGAUGCUCCUGAAGAAGAAAUACUUUCAAUUCUGGAUGUUCCGCAAGGGAAGAUGGGACGUGUCAUUGGAAGAAAAGGGGUUUCCAUCUUGUCAAUUAAGGAGUCUUGCAAUGCGGAAAUUCAUUUUGGGGGUGCCAAGGGCCCACCGGACAAGGUAUUCAUCUUAGGGCCCGUGAGGCAGGUGAGGAAAGCGGCAGCCAUGCUGAGGGGAAGAAUGAUGGAUUGAUAUUUGAUGUCUUGUAGGGCUCUCCUCUCAAAAACUAGAACUGAAAACUGUUAUCAGAAUGAUCUUUAAACUCCUUACACCGUUUGUGUUUUGCCUUAUCUUCCUAUAUUUUGUACAGCCGUCACUGUUUUUACCCAUUGAGUUAGAACUUCUUUGAUCUGAUUGCUGAAAA